AUGGGUGAUCAUUUGGUGGUGCAAGUGGGCCGGCUAUUGAAGCCCGAGGAGGCUGCGAUAGGUCCAACCCAGUUGGUUCACGAGACCGCUGUAAAGAAGCCUGAAAUGGUGGGGUCCUCGUCUUCAAUGGAGACACCGGGAGCAAAGGUUGUGGAGGAGGAGGAGAAUGAGGAGGCGCUGCUGAUUGGGGUGGCUGAGUGCCGCAUUUGCCAGGAUGAUGAUUCUCUAAAUAAUUUGGAGAGUCCUUGUGCAUGCAGUGGGAGUGUUAAGUAUGCCCACAGAAAAUGUGUUCAACACUGGUGCAAUGAGAAGGGCGACAUUACUUGUGAGAUCUGCCAUCAGCCUUAUCAACCUGGUUAUACUGCUCCCCGACGGCCUCAUCCUGAUGAGACUGCCCUAGACAUCAGGGGAGUAUGGCAAAUUUCUGGGACCCCUCUGGAUGUGAAUGAUCCUCGUCUUUUGGCAAUUGCUGAUGCAGAACGUCAGUUCUUUGAAGCUGAAUAUGAUGAUUAUAAUAGUACAAGCAAUGGUAGUGCUGCAUUCUGUCGAUCAGCUGCUCUAAUUUUAAUGGCUCUUCUGCUAUUGCGGCAAGCGUUGUCUGUAACUGAUGGCGGCGAUGGAGAGGGCGAUGGCGAUGAAGAUGCAUCUACUUUAUUCUCCCUUUUCUUGCUUCGAGUUGCUGGUUUUCUUUUGCCAUGUUACAUCAUGAUCUGGGCCAUUAGUAUUUUGCAACAGCGAAGGCAGAGACAGGAGGCUGCAGCACUGGCGGCUACACAAUUUGCAAUUGUGGUACAAUCCGCGCAAAGCAACAGAGGUCUUCUAGUUGCAUCUGCUGCACCUGCAGUCGGUUCUCUUGUCACUCCGCAUCAGGAACAAGUUUAA